CAAUGAAUGGUGGCCUUUAGUAUUUAUUUUUCCUGGCACCAUUUUUACAAAACGUCACUGUCAGAGAAUCGACCUAACCAACGACAACAAACGUGCUGUAAAAAGCCAAAAAAGAGCCGAAAUAUCUUCUUUCACCCCAAAAAAAAGGGCUCUAUAAAUGAAAAAUGGCGGGCCGGCCACAGCACAUGCAUGACGGUGGAAUUGUUGAACGCCGGUUGCGUCCUAUUUACGAUUGGUUGGACAAUGGGAAUAACAAGAAGGCCCUCCAGGAGGCGGAGAAGGUGCUUAAAAAGAGUCCUUCGCUGCAAGCGGCGCGGGCUCUGAAGGCCCUGUCGCUUUUUAGGUUAGGAAAAUUGCCGGAGGCUCACUCGGUACUGGAGGCGCUGGCGGAGGAGAAGCCUAGCGACGACACCACGCUGCAGGCCAUGACGAUAUGCUACAGGGAAUGUCAGCAAUUGCAAAAAGUUUGCUCCCUGUACGAAGCCGCAGUGAAAGUGGACCCGACGAGCGAGGAGCUGCACUCCCACCUGUUCAUGUCCUACGUCCGCGUCGGGGACUACCGGGCGCAGCAGCGGGCAGCCAUGACGCUGUACAAGUUUGCGCCUAAGAACCCGUAUUACUUUUGGGCUGUCAUGAGCAUUGUUUUGCAGGCUAAAGAAUCGGAAGACGCAUCCAAACGCGGCAUCCUCCUCGCGCUAGCCCAACGAAUGGUCGACAACUUCAUCUCCGAAAACAAAAUGGAGGCGGAACAAGAAGCUCGCCUCUACAUCAUGAUCCUCGAGCUGCAGGAGAAAUGGGAAGACAUCUUGAAGUUCAUAGAGAGCCCGCUUUAUGAUAAACUUCUGCCUGGAGCUAUCACCCAGGCGGUUAUACCUUAUUUGAAGAAACUUAAGAGGUGGAAGCCGCUGAAUCUUUUGUGCAAGGAGCUGUUGUAUGAUAAUCCUGAUAGGUGGGAUUACUACGUCCCGUACUUCGAAUCAGUAUUCCAUCUUAUGAAGGAGUCAGACAAGAGUGACCGAUGUGACGAUACUGCGGAAAAGUGCCAUGAAUUCAUCUGUCAGUUGGUGGAGGGCAUGGGAUCGGGCCGGGUGUUACGGGGGCCUUAUUUAGCAAGACUGGAGCUGUGGAAACGGCUGGCUGUGGAUGGGAAUCCUACUGAGCUUUUAGGUAGUGGCGUAGCACUAUGCGUGCAAUACUUACGAGUAUUCGCGAAUAAGCCAUGCGCAGUGCCAGAUCUCCGGCCGUACCUGGAAAUGAUCCCGCAGGGCGAACGCGAGCAGCAUUGCCGGGAUUUCCUCACGUGUUUAGGCUUCGACGAGGACAGCGAGCCUACCACUCCCGACGACAUCCAACGCCACAUCUCCUGCCUGUCACUAUGGCGGCUGACGGCAGCCCCUCUCCCCGCGGCGGAUUGUUUAUCCCUAGCUGAUCGGCUACGGGCGCAUUACCUAAGAGCCAACUCGGAUGGGUACGCAAUACUGGCCGCGCACCACUACAUAUUUGCUGCAAUCGAGUUACAAAGCACAGAGCCUGUGGUGGAAGCUCUAUGUCUUCUAGAGCUAGUGCUGCACCGCUCUCCGGCUAACUUCCACGUCAAGCUACUGUUGAUCACCCUCUACCAUCUCCUAGGGAACGCAUUGGCGGCGGACAGUAUCUACCAACGCUUAGAAGUGAAGCACAUUCAACUAAUCUCAUUGGGCUGGUUACACUGCGCGCGGCUCGGCGGCGCCGCGGCCUGCGCGAGAGCCCUGCAGCUACUAGCCGACACCAGGGCUUUCCGCGACCACCAACAUAAAGACAGCGUAGAACACUUAACAUACGCGUACAAAUACGGUACAUUCGAGAAGUUAGUGGAGCUGGGUCGCUGGAACAGUGUGCUGCGGCGCUGCGCUUGGGGCGGCGCGGCGGCGCGGGAGCGCGCGCUGCUGGCGCUGCUGGCCGGCCCGCCCGCACCCCUGCACCAGCCGCAGCCGCUACAUAAGGAACCUGUUGACAACCGUGACCUGAGCGUGAUAGUGAGCUACGACCCGCCACAAUGCCAAGACCCGGACCUGAAAGCCAAGAGCUUUGAGGAGGAGCUCGCGUACCUGAGGCUCAAAGAUGGCCUGGUGUCCUCCAUAGCGCUGUGCAUAGAGCUGGCUGACAGUAGACCUGUUGACGAGAAAAAGGCUCACUACGAGGAGUUGACGGCGUGUGUGGGUGCCUUUAGCGAGGCGAUGGCGAAAUGUCGAGACCUGUACGGCACCAGGCGGCGGUGGCGGGUGUCUGAACCCUUCCCAAGCAGAAUUAUCGCAUUCGUAUCAUCACCCGUACCAUACCGGGAACUGUACUCCUGCGCACUAACGCUAGUGGGCGAGCUGGCAACGUCGCACACGGCGCGCGCCCACGCACUAGCCGAGGAGGCUGCGCGGGAAAUACGCGGCGCGAGUCAACAACUGCAGACUGUGGUGCCUAGAGAGGGAUGGGGCAUGAGAGAGGCUUUAGAACAUCUCAGUGUCUACUUAGAGUUCAUAGGCAUAAUCACCUUCCUCCUCGGCGUUUGCAACGAGCUCUCAACGCCAACCAACACCAAAAAGUCCAAAAAGAAAACCAGCCAGUCCCCCGACGAGCUCCGGACCUCAGAACUGCUCUCCAACCUCAACCAAGCGGUCCAAGACUCCGUCUCAGACAUCGAACAAAUCAUCGAAGACUGGCCAAAAUACACAUUCAACUCAACGCUAGAACAUGAAUUAAAAAAACUCUCACUAGAUAAAUACCAGUGCCCGGUUCAGAAUAAACUUAAUAGUGGAUUGAAGGAUGUUUUGAGCGAUUUGGGGAAUAUACUUAAGAAGAAAGUGAAGUAUUUGAAGAGUCUGCAGUGAUGUGAUAUGCAUAUCUGUUAUAUUGAUAUUAGGUAUGGCGAUGUGAUUGUGCGUUUUUAGAGUUUAUGGCAAGGUUCAUAGAAAAUGUCUACAAAGUACAGAGCCAACGCGCAUGUGGUAACCCCGUUGUUGUAUAAACAGUGUGGAAAUAAUUAAUGGGCCCUGGAGGGAAAGUAGGUACCUCAAAACCUUAAGUUAGCUCAUUUUACUUAAAGGGACAUUUAUUUUAUUUUUAAAAAGAAAUAAAACUGCAUUCAAAGAUUUUCUUAAAUUCGCUUCCCUUGUCCGGAAAUCGAACCGACUAAUUAACCUUUUCGACGCCGUGUCAAACAAAAAAGCUGUCACUCGGACGCCACGUCACCCAAGUGUCAAAACUGAAAUUGAACUUUAUGCAUAUGGAUGUAGGUCUAUGUUGCUCUGUGAUCUGUGGCCGAUUAAUCGGUCUUUGGCGUUGAACCUGCGGUGCGGAUAUAUCGGCCAUUGGCGUCCAAAAGGUUAAUGGGCCCUGGAGGGACGCCCAUUAUUUUUCCGUACUGUAUAUAUAUUUUUGCCACAUUCGUAGUGUAAAAAAAAUCUAACUUAUUUAUGAACCUUAUUGUUUCAAAUUUGCAUGCUACAAGUGACAAAUCUUUAAGGGGUUAGACUAGGAAAAAAGAAUGGUAAACUCCAUACAUUAAAUGUAUGGAGAAUGUCCAUAAUGCGAAUGUUUCAGCAUGUUUUUCUAUGAAUUUUACUAUACUCUGUUUCGUGUUUGCCAAAUAUCAAGCUGCAAAUACAGAUAAGUGAACUUCAAUAUUAGGGCACGUUCAUAUUUAGCUCAUAAUCAGCGGCGUAAUCUAUCUAUCUGUAUGUUAUGUAUCUGGGUUGGAAGGUCAGAUGGCAGUCGCUUUCGUAAAAACUAGUGCCUACGUCAAAUCAUGGGAUUAGUUGCCAAGCGGACCCCAGGCUCCCAUGAGCCGUGGCAAAAUGCCGGGAUAACGCGAGGAAGAAGAAGAAUCAGCGGCGUAAUCUCUUGACCAAUCAAA